GGCAGUCAGGGGCAACCAGGCUGGACAGACCUCGGGCUGGGCAGCGUCAUGGUCCUGGGUCUCCAAUCCAUGGCCAGAUUUCCGCUGUCUCCUUUCCCACAGGUGGCCUUGAAGACCGGACACUGCCGACAGCGCAGGGCGUGAGCACAGGGCAGAGAGCCCCGGCCCAGGCCAGUGAGACCCCUCCCGAGGAGACGUGGGUGCUGCACCGGAGCCCGUGGCAGCCGUGGGCCUCCCUUCCCGGCGGGAGCUGGCAGAGCAGGGCCCAGGAGGUCUGCAGGCAGGGGCUGAGGGGGCAGAAGUCCCUCGUGUCGACCCGACCGGAGCCGGUGCAGCACCGAGAGCUGUGGGGGCAGGACGCAAUGCAGGCCACACAGCCCCCAGGCCAGGCCGAGCUGCCCUCCGCCCCCCCAGUGCUGGCACCGCGGGACGAGCCCCCCACCCCAGAGCCCUGGCGCCGGCUCUUCCGUGGCCUGCGCUACCGGGACGCCGAGGGCCCGCGGGAGACUUGCAGCCGCCUGCGGGAGCUGUGCCGGCGCUGGCUGGAGCCCCAGCGCCGCAGCAAGGAGCAGAUGCUGGAGCUGGUGGUGCUGGAGCAGUUCCUGGCCAUCCUGCCCCCGGAGAUGCGGAGCUGGGCGUGCGGGGGCCGUGUGGAGACCUGCGCCCAGGCUGUGGCCCUGGCCGAAAGGGCUCAGAUGUGCCAAGAGGAGGACAAGCAGCUCCAGGUCACAGUGCAAGUGAAAAUCAAGGAGGUGUCCUCAGACAAGAUGCAGCCCACUGGGGCCCUGUCGGUGUAUGUUGAUUCCAAGGUGCAGCAGCCGAAGGCCCAUGGCAAGGACAGGCCUCUGGUGAAGGCAGGAGAGAAAAAAACCCCAGGGCCCGAGGAUGAGCUGCCUCAUGUCUGCAAAAAGGAGCCCCCGCCCAACCCCAAGCCAGGUGCUGGGACCCUGAGCAGAGCGGAUGAGCAGCCUCCUGAGGAAGGGCCUGUCAACCGGGAGCUGCAGAGACCCUCCCCAGGGAGACGGGGACAGAGUGGCUCCCUGACACCUGGGCUGGGGCAGGGCAGGCUGGCGAAGCAGGGGGAGAGCAUGGAGAUCUCAGAGGUCUUUAAGGAUGUGGCUGUGUAUUUCACGGAGCAGGAGUGGGAGCUGCUGGAAGAGGAGGACAAGGGGCUUUACCUAGACCAGAUGCUGAGGAACUACCAAGCUCUCGUUUCCCUGGGAUAUCGAGGUCCCACUCCUGACUUAAUCUGCCGCAUCCAGCAAGGACAGGUGAAGCUCUGGGUCUGUGAUAAGGACUAUGGAGACAUCUCAAGGUCAAAGGACCCGCCACCAGGAGGAGCCCAGUUGCUGAGCAGAGCUGAGGAGCAGGCUCCUAAGGAAGGGCCAGCAAACCUGAAGCCACCUGGGGCUUCCCCAAGAACUUUGGGUAAGAUGGACUUCCUGAGCUUUGUGAAGGACCACUGGCACAUGGUUCAGGGGAUGCCCCAAAAGCAGAAGCAGAAUGUAGCAGUGAACCAGAUCCCAUCUCCAGUUGGGCAUGAGAGUGACAAAGGGAAAGAAGCCAAAAAGAGUCCAGGGUGCCAGGAAGAAUUUGUGGUGCAAAGAGACCUGAAGAGGGACAAGACAAAGGUCCACUGGAGAGAGAGACGGCAUGCAAAACGAAGCAGUGGAAAGGGCCUCAGAGGGAAGCAGGAGCUAACUGCCAAGCCCAAGGGGAGAGCCCACCCCUGCCCCGAGUGCAGGAAAAGCUUUAGCUGCCCCUCACUCCUGGCUCUGCACAAGAAAAAGCAUGCUGGGGAGAAGCCCCACAAAAGCGACAAGAAUGGAAAGAGUUUCUCCUACUCUUUCAAACUGGUCCAGCACCAGCGUGUCCACACAGGGAACAAAUCACAUCGGUGCUUGGAGUGUGGAAAGAGCUUCACCCAAUCCUCCAGCCUGGCCCGGCACCAUCUGAUCCAUACCGGGGAGAAGCCAUAUCAGUGCUCUGUGUGUGGGAAGAGAUUCAGCCACUCCUCCAACCUGGCCCAGCACCACCGCAUCCACACAGGAGAAAAGCCACAUCGGUGCUCUGUGUGUGGGAAAGGCUUCACGUACUCCUCACACCUGGCCCGGCACCGGUUCAUCCACACAGGGGAGAAGCCACAUCAGUGCUUGGAGUGUGGGAAGAGCUUCCCUCAAUUCUCUGACCUUGCCCAGCACCAGUGCAUCCACAUGGGGAAGCCACGUCAGUGCUCUGAGUGUGGGAAGAGCUUCACGUGCUCCUCCCACCUGGCUGACCACCAGUGCACCCAUAGAGGAGAGAAGCCACAUCCGUGCUCUGUCUAUGGGAAGAGCUUUACAUUCCUCCUCCUGGUCUGGCACCAGCGCAUCCACACAGGGGAGAAGCCACAUCAGUGCUUUGAGUGUGGGAAGAGCUUCACGUACUCCUCUGACCUGGCCCGGCAACAGGUUACCCACACACGGGAGAAGUCACAUCAGUGCUCUGCGUGGGAAGAGCUUCAUCUUGUCCUCCACCCUGGCUGAGCACCAGUGUAUCCACAAAAGGG